CCCUUUCCGCCGAGCGCCUGCGUGCGCCCGCCGUCGGGUGGUGCUUCCCCGUCCUCUCCCUCCUUCCCCCCCUCUCUCUCCUUCCCCCCCCGCCGCCGGGGCCGGGGACCUGAGCGCCACCGCCCGCCCCCGCGCGGUGAGUGUGACUGGCGCCCGGGGGCCGCGCGCCAUAGGGCGAACCGGUGCUGCUCCUCCCCUUCCUUCUCCGUCUUCUCCGCCCGUCCCGCUGCGCUGUGGGGGACUCGGGGGUAGGAGCGUGACCGCGACGGGCCGGCUACAGCCGCCGCCAUGCAGAUCACUCUGAAAACGCUGCAGCAGCAGACCUUCCGGAUCGACAUCGACCCCGAGGAGACGGUGAAGGCACUGAAGGAGAAGAUUGAAUCAGAAAGGGGGAAAGAUGCUUUUCCAGUAGCUGGCCAAAAACUAAUUUAUGCAGGUAAAAUCCUUAAUGAUGAUACUGCUCUGAAAGAAUACAAAAUAGAUGAAAAGAACUUUGUGGUGGUUAUGGUGACAAAACCCAAAGCAGCAGCUGGAGCGACUCAGCAGUCAGAUGCUACUAGUGCUGUUAGCUCGACAACUGCAGCUGCUGUGACAGUCACUGCACCAGUCCCUACUGCUGCUCCUGUGCCAGAUCCUGUUCCUCCACCACCAGCACCAGAUGAAGUUGCUUGUGAAUCUGCACCUGUGACUGCUCCUGAAGAAGAGAAGCCAGCAGAAAAAACACCUGAGCCACCAGCUGCUAUCAGCCCAUCUUCAACUGAGAGUACAACAGGUGAUACAUCUCGAUCAAAUCUUUUUGAGGAUGCUAUAAGUGCACUUGUGACAGGUCAAUCCUAUGAGAAUAUGGUGACUGAGAUCAUAUCAAUGGGCUAUGAACGCGAGCAAGUAAUUGCGGCGCUGAGAGCCAGCUUCAACAAUCCUGACAGAGCGGUGGAAUACCUUUUAAUGGGUAUACCUGGAGAUAAUCAGGCUGUGGCUGAGCCAUCUCAAGCAGCAAGCACUGGUGCCUCUCAGUCUUCAACAGUGGCAACAUCAGUAGCAACUAUACCUAUGACUACUAGUUCAUUAGGAGGACAUCCACUUGAGUUUUUACGAAAUCAGCCUCAGUUCCAGCAGAUGAGACAAAUUAUUCAGCAGAAUCCUUCUCUGUUACCAGCACUGCUACAGCAGAUUGGACGGGAAAACCCUCAGCUACUGCAGCAAAUAAGCCAACAUCAGGAACAUUUUAUCCAUAUGUUGAACGAGCCAGCUGUAGAGUCCCGCCAAGGUUUAAGUGGCAGUGAUGAUGGUGCCAGCAUUGGAGGAGUAGCAGAAGCUGGAAAUGGGCAUAUGAACUACAUUCAAGUAACACCUCAGGAAAAAGAAGCUAUAGAAAGGUUAAAGGCACUGGGAUUUCCUGAAGGACUGGUGAUACAGGCGUAUUUUGCUUGUGAGAAGAAUGAAAACUUGGCUGCCAACUUUCUUCUGCAACAGAACUUUGAUGAAGAUUGAGAGACCUUUUUUGGUUUCACACCUCACACCAGUGCAUUAAACUAACUUUGUUCACUGGAUUGUCGGGGAUAUUUGGGCUUAUAUUCAUAAUGCUUGGUGUAUGAUAUAUGGGGAGCAGGGGAGAAGAGAAUAUGGGAAACAAAGCAAAGAAAGCAGCAAGUAUGUCUACUUUAAUUUAGCAGAUGCAGAAAAUUAUAGUGUAAAAUAAUAUGCAACCAAAAAUCAGCUUUUGCAGAUAAUUAGUUUCUUCUAUACACUGUAGGUUAACUUUUUCUAGUUUUCACUCUUACUGUACUAGUUGCAGAAAUGUAGUGUAAUGCUUCACGUUCCUUUCUACUUGGUAUUGAAAGUAGCCUGUGCCACCUAGAUUCUACAGUCACUAUUUCAUGGCAACACUGGAUAGCAGCCUUGUGAAAUCUAAAAGAUCAGAGCAAAUGCAAACAUGAAUGCCAAAUUAUGGGUAACUAUUUUGCUUUUUCAAAUGUGUUAAAAUAGGGCAAGAAGCACAGUAUUUUGUUUAAAGUUGGGUUAAAAAAUGUUGGCACUUUUUUUUUUAAUUGAAAAUCCAUUUCACUUAAAACUGUCUCGAUCAUUGCAAAACACUACCCUCUCCUUUGCCCACUUCAAAUGAUCCGAGAGGCUAUAUACGUACAGGUAAAAUCAUUAUCCUGUUUACAUAUUUUCUUUUUGAGAGAAAUGAUAGGUACCUAAUUACUGUUCAAUUAAAUGUCACAUUGCAGUAAAAGUUUUAAAAUCAAUAGAUCGCAUGUUUGGUUUUGUUAUAUGCGCUCUUGUGAGUUGAAGAUUCUCUUUCUGCCAGCAAACAAAAUGCAAGUUUCAUUUUUGUCCACUGCAAUGAAACUUUAUCAAAUCAAAUUUCACCUUCCUACUUUUGAACUAGCUUUUACAACACAGCUCUAAGCAUCUGAAUAUAUUGACAUUCUGUUGCUUUUGAGUAGAUUGUAAUUAUCAAGCUAUUUCUGUUCAGUAGGGACUUUUCUUGGACUUCCUCAUUUUAUGAGAAAGAGAAGUUCAUAACUUGGGAUAUCCACAAAACAAUGGAGUUAUUCCAGCCCAGAAGAACCUUCACUCAUAUCUCUGAUAUUGCAAAAAAGCUUUGGUUAUAGAGUUUUGAAUCUUACUUUUUGGUACCUACUUGUCAUUUAUUUUGUUUAAUUAUCAUAAAAUGUAACAAUCUUCCUUUUAAUAUAUGUUGACUUGUAGAGACACUUUUGCCCAUAAUUGCAGUGUUAGCAGUGAAAACAAAUUCUAAUUUAACCUAAAGCUAUCAUGGGGAUGUUUAGAGUUGUACUCCAAUUAUCUAGAUUACAAAUUUAUCUCUACAGUAACCAAGAAAAUAUUAUUAGUGGUAUAGUACUGAGCUGUCGUACCACUAAUGAUAUUAACAAUUUAGUGGUACAUUACAUUUAAGAAAUUAUUUUUCUGCUUAGCUUGUAUAUCACUGGAUUAACUACUUAACUAAUACUUAAGCUUAAAGUACAAGUCAAGUGUAUUGAGAAAAGAGAGUGAAAAAGACUGAAACAUUUGUAUUGUAUUUUGUUUCUUCAUUGGUUGGCCAUCGUCUGUUAAAUGAUUAUCCACACAAAAUAAUUAAAUGUAUUAAAACCUUUUUCUUUCUAUCCUUAGGUACAUGUGAUGUUUUUCCAGAUAGUGUGUAUCUUAAUUAUUCACAUUUUUUUCUCUUAAAAUUUCAUAGGUGUAUGUCUUAAGUGAUCAGUAGCACAAACCAGAUCUAUCAGUAGUUGUGAUAUUGCUAAAUAGAAAAUAAGUCUUUCAUAAUGCUUUCAUUUUAGUGAAAUGUUAAUAUGCAAGUCAGCCAGUAGACUUCAGCUAAAUAGAAUUCUUAGUAUAUUUAUGUACUGGAAGAGAUGGAUUUUGAUUUAACACUCUUCAGACAAAAAGGGGAUAUUUGUUACCUGUAAAAGGACCAGCUGCCAAGUACUUGAAAAAUGCCAAACUGGUAUAAAGACUUCUCGAAUGUACUCUACUACAUAGCUAAUAUCUAACUGAGACAACAUGUUUUAGUUUGUGGGAGUCUUCUGAUCAAACUGCUCUCAGAAAUAACCAUUUUUUCUCUAGGAGGAUGGAGAGUAAUGCAAGAACAUCUGCGCGUGUUUUCAGUCAACUGCCUCCAAUUUUGAUUCUGAAAUGUUUACUUAUUAUAAAUGUAUUUCAAUUAAAGACUGUUGAGCUUGGUCUUUGUAAAAAA